AUGGCAUUGACGCCAAACACGAAUUAUAGAUUUAGGCUUGUCGCAAGGACAUCGCGUGGCGAAGGCAUUCCCAAAGUUCUUGAAGUUAAAACUAAAUCCGUUAAAACGAAACCAGACCCCCCUACUAUCGUCGGUGCAACAGCACGAAAUAAUGACGUAAUACUAAUUUGGCGCGAUCAGUUUGAUGGAAACACACCUAUCACUCAAUAUAUUGUGGAGUAUCGAAUUUCGUCUGAGAAAAAUCCUUGGACAAACGGCUGGAAUCUCAAGCCUUCUCAAACCGUACGUAACAGAACCGACGGUACACGGUCAGCGGUAUUGGAAAAUUUACAAGCUUUAACCGUUUACUGGUUUCGAAUGAUCACACGCAACGAAGCUGGUUUGUCUAUUCCUGGGAAUAGUUCUUCGUCUGUCUCGACAGACUUAACUCGCACCAAAUUAUUGAUUUUCCAUUUUCAGCGAAACCAGACCCCUACUAUCGUCGGUGCAACAGCACGAAAUAAUGACGUAAUACUAAUUUGGCGCGAUCAGUUUGAUGGAAACACACCUAUCACUCAAUAUAUUGUGGAGUAUCGAACUUCGUCUGAGAAAAAUCCUUGGACAAACGGCUGGAAUCUCAAGCCUUCUCAAACCGUACGUAACAGAACCGACGGUACACGGUCAGCGGUAUUGGAAAAUUUACAAGCUUUAACCGUUUACUGGUUUCGAAUGAUCACACGCAACGAAGCUGGUUUGUCUAUUCCUGGGAAUAGUUCUUCGUCUGUCUCGACAGGAAUAGCGAAGAGCGCAAGGCAGUCGGCUCCAGUGUACGAAGAAGUUUGGUUCAUAUCUGUAAUGGCGGUCAUUGGAUUUCUCAUUUUGCUUUUGUGCCUUGUUAUCAUCUGCUGCUGCUGUUGUUGUAAAAGACAGCGAUCACAAAGUAAGACGCUUACUCAUCCCAUUUCUAUGGAUGUACGACCGAAAAAUGGAAUGCGAUCACACCCUAAUGACGAAGAAACCUUAAGUAAAGGUAGCAGUCGUACACACAAGGAUGAGAAACCUCUGUUGGCAAUGAAAGAGAGUGAACAGGAAGACGAGGAUGAUAAAAAGGAGGAGUCGACUUUCACUCGGAUGAUGACCUAAAACAAUGCCAUAUCGUUCUCCAACCAAAUGAAUGUAAAAUAAAUUCUUUAAAGAAUGCAUGUCAACCAAGAUGCACUACGCGCUUUUGUUUAUGUUUAUAUCUGAGCCUGCCGCACACACACUUCAAUGAACGUCGUGUCGUUUUUCUAAAAUUCUCUGCACAAGUCAAUUCAGAAGCAUUGGUCUUCCACGUUUAGGGAAAGAAGCCUUUUUAAAUCAUAAGUUUUUACAAUUACUUAAAAUAAUGUUAUACAGUAAUAAUAAAGGCCUGCCUUGACUACAUAAUGAAUAAAUACUACUAUAAUUUUCA